AUGCUCCUGAACAUUUUCGUGGUAUUGGUACAUAUUAACCUUCUAUUAUGCGCACAAAUAAAAAAUGUUCCUAAACAAAAAAAUAUACAUUGUUAUGUUUUAGCAUAUGCAAAAAAAAAUAUAUAUCCAUGUAAAACCAAAGUAUUGAAAAAAAAUAAUUAUUUAUCUAUAAAAAAUGGUAAAAGUAAAAAAUAUGGUUGUAAUGAAUUGUUUUGUGAAAAAGAUGAUGAACUAGCUGAAGACAAAGAUAAUAAAAUUCACGAUGAAAAGAAGCAUAAUAAGACAAACGACAAAAUGAAUGAUAACAUAUAUGAAACGUUUGAUGAAUAUUUUAAUAAAAGAGCAGAAGAAAAUUAUACCAAACUCGAAGGAGAAAAAUUAAAAAUUUUAAAAGAAAAUAUGCACACAAACAAAGAUGAAAUACGAAACGUUUUAAAACAAACAUAUAAAAAUGAAUACAAUAAAUUAAUUAAGGAAGAUCAAGAAGAUGAAGAAGUUAGUCAAGCUGUUUAUGAGAAUAUUAAAAUUACUUUUCUUAUGAAAGAAAAUAUUAACAAUUUUUUAUUUACACAAUAUAGUUAUAUGAUUAAUAAAUUGAAAGAAAAAUCAGUGAUUCUCAAAAAUUUAAAAAAAUUUUAUAACCAAAAUGUAAAUCCAGGGGGAGAUUCAGUUCAUCAAAAUGAGGAUGCAACUAAAGCAAAUAAUGUAACCGAUAAAGAUAAUAGAACCCACAUAGAUGAUUCCAAUCAAAAUAAUAAUAUAAAUUAUCAUGAGAACAUACAUAACAACAACUAUAUAAAUAAUCAUGAAGAAACUCUUUUGAAAGAUCAACUAAAUAAUAUAAGGAACCCAUUUUACCAUAACAAAUUUGUUGAUAAAUAUUACCCAAACAAUAAUUCAAAAUACAACGAAGAAAAUAAAUCCAAGGAUCAUAUAAAAAAUAUUAUUGAGAAUGUGAGUUUUUUUAAACCAGAACAAAAUUACGAACAAACAAAAAAUUGUAGAACAUUUAGUGAUCAUAUAUUUGCUAAUGUAAAAAUUAAAGGUGAACAUAUAUUAAAAAAUUUGAGAAAAGGAAAUGAACAAGACAAAAAUAAUAAUAAUAAUAAUAAUAAUAAUAAUAAUAAUAAAUUUACACAAGAUGAUAUUAUCACUAAUGAUAAUGAAGGAGAAGAAAGUACCUCAUUGUUUUUAAAAAAUAAUGUUUGCCCCUUACAAUUAUUAAAAGAUAAUGUUAAAACAUUUUUAAAUUAUAAAAAAGAAAAUAUUAUAAAAAGUAAUAUACAUGAAGAUUUAUUAUAUGGUCGAGUUAAAGUUCACUGGUUUCCUAAAUUUAUGAAAAGAGUUAUAACAAAAAUUCCAGAUUAUAUUAAAGUUAGUGAUAUUAUUAUAGAAGUAAGAAAUGGUAUUAUACCAUUUGUUUUUGAUGAUCUCUUUGCUUUAAAUAUAUUUGAUAUACACACAAAUAAACCUCGUAUUAUUGUAUAUACCAAUUCAGAUAAAUCAUCUAUUAAAGCAAAUGAAGAAUGGGGUAAUUAUUAUCGAAGAAAAUUAUUUUGGUCUGAUAAAAAUUUUAAUAAAAAUAUUAAUAAAAAAUAUAUUAAUCAAAUGAAAAAAAGUGCAGUCAUUUUUCUUGAUGCAAAAAAUGGUAAAAAAGAAAUUAUUGUUUUAAAAAAAUUAAUUAAUAGAUUAUGUCAUUAUAUUAUUGAAAAAAAAAAAAAAAAAGGAAUACAUAAUUAUAAAGUUAAAUGUAUUUUUAUUGGUUUACCAAAUGUUGGGAAAUCUGCACUUAUUAAUAGAAUCCUAGAAAUUAAAAAAGCAAAAUCUUAUGAUAACCCAGGUCUAACAACCAAUAUACAAAUGUAUUCAAAUAAAAAAUAUGAACUUAUAGAUACACCAGGAAUAUUAGCUCAAAAUCUAUAUAAAAUAAGAGAAAAAAAAUUUAAUAAAAAUAAUAUCAUAUUAGAUCAUAUUUAUAAUCAUAAUUCAAAUAAUCAUUCUAUAGAUAAUGUUGUAAAUAUCAAAAAUUAUAAUAACUAUAUGCAUGUAGAAAAUAAUAUCUAUCUUUUAGCUUUAUGUAAUCACAUAUCACCAAAAAUGUAUGAUGUUUAUAAUAUUGCUGAAACAUUAAUGCAAAAUAUAUAUGAUGCAUAUCAAUAUGAUAAUGAUUAUGUAGAUUUACAAAAAAUUAUCAAACGAUAUCAAAUAAAUUUUAACGAAUGUCUAAACUCUCAAGGAAACUUCUCACCAUAUCAUUUUAUACAAAAAUUAGCAAGAGAUAAAUGUCAUAAUGAUAUUAACCAAGCAGCCAUGAGAUUAGUAACUGAUUUCAGAAAAAAUUAUCUAGGAAGAACUACCUUAAAUUAUCCACUCUAUUUUAAUAAAAAAUCUAUAACACUCAAACAAUCCAAAAAUUUCGAAAACCAAAAAUCAGACAAAUAUAUAGGAUGGUAA